AUGCCGGACAUGUUCCACGACGACGUUUACACGUCCAAACGGUUCAAGUUGCUCUACGCGGCGCAUGUAGUUCCACUGCCACCCCAAAAACUUGACAACGACCCACAGUCGCAAACUCGUACACCAUGCGGCACUGAUGUGAACCCGUCGAAGCCUGGACCGAAGCCGAAACGUCGCAAGCGGUCGUAA